CGAAACUGAUCGAAACCACUCGACACGUGCACACGUGACCUCUUUAAAUAAUUUCGCACUUUUUCUAGCCAAUAAAAUUUCACAAGCACUUGCAGACCUUACGCAACAAGUAAGAAUAAAAGCUAAAAAAAAUCAUCACAUUUCAAUUAUAAAUUCACAUUCUCGAACAUUGUGAAAGAGUUCAAACACGUGUCGACUCCUCCAUACCUGCUUACGCAUUUCAAUGUUAUCCAAAAAUCCAUUUUGCACUUGAAACCCUGAUAAAAAGCACCAGAGAUAACGUAUCUCAAUUGUAAAAUGACAAGAAUCUUCUAGGAGGUCUCAGUGUAGAGAAAAAUACACCAUGUCUUUCGUCACCCGAAUUGCUAGACACACCAUACCAAAAAUCUCCAGAAACCAGUGUCGAGUUUUCACGAACGGGGUCCCCCGUCUUAGUAAAAAACAAAUCGAAAUCACGUUUGUGAAACACGACGGCACGCAAAUUAAAACCAAAGGGGAUGUCGGAGACCACUUCUUGAAUGUAGUGAUUAAGAAUAAUAUUAAUUUAGAUGGGUAUGGCGCUUGUGAAGGCACCCUAACUUGCUCAACUUGUCAUCUCAUAUUCAAGCAGGAAGAUUACGAUAAAUUGCCUGAAGAACCAGAAGGUGAAGAAGUGGACAUGCUUGAAUUAGCCCGGGAUGUCACAGACACAUCAAGAUUAGGCUGCCAAGUUUGUCUGACUGAAAGUAUGGACGGUAUUGUGGUUAGAGUCCCGGAGGUGGUUAACGAUUUAAGGCUUCCUAGCACGUCAUGAUGGUAGUUUUAGUUGUGUAUUGUUAUAGUUUAGUGUUCCAAGGGAAAGGUUACAUGUUAUCUAGUAAGGUGCUACUUUCUUAGACUUAAGUUAAGAAUCACUCCGGCUGCAAUGGUACCUUGACUGAUAUUUUCCUUGAGGUUUUUUUUUAACAAAUGACGUAUUUUUAUAUUUAUCGUGAGAUUCUGUGCUUUAUUUUUGAUGAAGUAAAUAAAUUUACUAUUUACACAGUGUG